UCCGUACUUAGGUACCGAAGCCAAAAGCGCCGUACUUAUAUCGACAAAAUGAAGAAAUUUGGAGUGAUAUCAUGUUCCGAUGAUAAAAAAUGGGGGUUCAGUGAAGCUAUAAUUUCAAGGUAUUUGGAGUUUUUCAGUUUGAACAGCGAACAAGAACAGUGGGUUGGCUUUCAUGCCACUCGUGGCGAAGUGCCUCUCACCGAAGACCUUCAUAAAUUUGAUGGAUUCGUAAUUUCUGGCAGUAUAUCCUCGGCAAAUGACAACGUAGAAUGGAUAGUAAAGCUGUUGGAAUUUAUUAGAAGUGCGGCAGACCUAAGCAAAGAAAAAAAGAGGCCAAAAAUUGUAGGAAUUUGCUUCGGGCACCAGCUUAUUGCAAAGGCCUUAGGAGGCAAAGUUGGCUUGAAUCCUGACAAGGACUUUGUGCUUCAAACUGAAUUAAUUGAAGUAACAAUUCAAGCUUUUGAAGCUGAAUCCAUCAAAGGAUUGUUUGAUAAGGGUCCUCUUCGUGCAGUUCAGUCUCACGGAGAGUGCGUUGUCGAGCUUCCAGAAGGAGCGGUUUCUCUCGCUACCUCUCCCACAUGCAAGUAUGAGGUAGUACAAUAUAAAGAGAAUAUUCUGGGCUUUCAAUGUCAUCCUGAAAUGUACGCGUCGGAAGCAGAGGAAUUAAUCUUGCCGCACAUAGCAAAGUCUCGUAAAUGGGACGCUAUUCAUGUCAAGAAAUCGUCAGAUAGUUUCAAAAUGGAAUGUGAUUAUAAAGAAAUUAUUAGAGUCAUUGUGGAAUACUUAAAUAGUACGCUUGUAUGAUUGUUUAUCAUCAAAUUUAAAGAAAGAUGGAAGGCUUUUAUUUUAAGUAACGCUUUCAAUUUUUAAUUACUGUUUAUAGGGAUUAAGUGGUAAUUUUUUAAUAAUGGGUUUCUAUUUUUUAUAUUCGAGGAAUUUUUUGCAAAUACCAGAAUGCUUUGUAUUCUUUCAAUAAAUGUUUUUGAUAUUCACAAAUGGAAAUAUAAGAGCAAUACACCUCUCACUAUAGGAAAGGGCAAAUUUACAACACCAGUGUCAAAGAAAAGAUUCAAAUCUAUGUCAUUAUGAAGCAAGUGGGCAUAA